AUUACACUUGAGGGCAAAGGGGUUAGGAAGCCGGCAUGGCGUUCAGGUCAAUAAAAUCGAUAGCUGGAAACCGCCUGUGUUCCAGGCAAAGGCGGUGCAGUAGUAGCGCCGCCAUUUUCCCCGAAGGCAUCUUCCGGUGCCUUUCACCCACGUUCGGGCAGGAGUUUCCUGGAUAACAGCAAAAGGUUUCCGUUAGCCCUGCAGGCGACCGAUUCCAUCACCUCCAGGCCUUCCGGCCAAGCUCGUCUCUGGCCCGGCGGAGACUUAAAUUCCGGAAUUCACCAGGGCCCAGGGGCCGAGACCCGGACGAGGGAGGCCGUGGCACCGGCUUCGCGGGUCCAAUGGCGCCGCCUUCAGCCCCUCUCUCCGCGCGGGGACCUGGAGAAGCCAGGACUGGCGGGCGGAGGGGAAGGAGGCCGAGGGCCGUGCGGUUCGCGGACGUGGCCGUGUACUUCUCUCCCGAGGAGUGGGGGUGUCUGCGGCCCACGCAGAGGGCCCUGUACCGGGACGUGAUGCGGGAGAUCUACGGCCACCUGGGCGCGCUAGGGUGUGCAGGUCCCAAACCAGCCCUCAUCUCCUGGUUGGAACGAAACGCUGAUGACUGGGAACCGGCAGCCCUGGAUCCGCAGAAGUGCCCGAGAGGGAUAACAGUCCAGAGAAAAACCAGGACCAGAAAGAAGAAUGAGGAGAAGGAAGUAUUCCCACCUAAGGAGGCCCCUCGAAAGGGGAAGCGAGGGCGCCGGCCCAGCAAGCCCCGACUAAUCCCCAGGCAGACAUCUGGGGGUCCCAUCUGCCCUGACUGUGGCUGCACCUUCCCAGAUCACCCAGCCCUGGAGAGCCACAAGUGUGCCCAGAAUCUGAAAAAGCCUUAUCCUUGCCCUGACUGUGGGCGCCGCUUUUCCUACCCAUCAUUGCUGGUCAGUCACCGGCGAGCACACUCUGGUGAGUGUCCCUAUGUUUGUGACCAGUGUGGCAAACGUUUCUCCCAGCGCAAGAACCUCUCCCAACACCAGGUGAUCCACACGGGGGAGAAACCCUACCACUGCCCUGACUGUGGCCGCUGCUUCCGGAGGAGCCGCUCCCUGGCCAAUCACCGAACCACGCACACAGGUGAGAAACCCCACCAAUGUUCGAACUGUGGCCGUCGCUUCGCCUACCCCUCUCUGCUAGCCAUCCACCAGCGUACACACACAGGAGAGAAGCCCUACACCUGCCUGGAAUGUAAUCGCCGCUUCCGCCAGCGCACUGCCCUGGUCAUCCACCAGCGCAUCCACACUGGAGAGAAGCCCUACCCCUGUCCUGACUGUGAGCGCCGUUUCUCCUCAUCUUCCCGCCUGGUCAGUCACCGGCGGGUGCACUCUGGGGAGCGCCCCUAUGCCUGCGAGCACUGUGAGGCCCGCUUCUCCCAGCGCAGUACGUUGCUCCAGCACCAGCUCUUGCACACGGGAGAGAAGCCCUACCCCUGCCCAGACUGCGGACGUGCCUUCCGGCGGAGCGGCUCUCUGGCCAUCCACCGCAGCACACACACAGAGGAGAAGCUGUACGCUUGUGAUGACUGUGGCCGCCGCUUCGCUUACCCCUCGCUACUGGCCAGUCACCAGCGGGUGCACUCAGGCGAACGGCCCUAUGCCUGUGACCUCUGCUCUAAGCGCUUUGCCCAGUGGAGCCACUUGGCGCAGCACCAGCUACUGCACACGGGGGAGAAGCCUUUUCCUUGCCUUGAGUGUGGCCGUUGCUUCCGUCAGAGAUGGUCUCUGGCUGUCCACAAGUGUAACCCCAAGGCCCCAAACUGUAGUCCUCGAUCUACUAUAGAGGGGCCUAGCCAGAAGGGCAACACCCUUUAGAGUGGGCAGGCUGGUCUAAAGGAUUCCAAAUCCUCCAUUUCAUGGAAGACCUCAAAAAAAAGGUUAAGAGGAGCCCUGGUCAUACAGCACAGAGUCAAUGAAAACCCGGGUGUCCUGCUACAUACACAAGGAUUCUAAGUAUAUUCCACCUGCUGGCUGCCUUACUGUGUCUGGAACAGUGACAUCAUUCAUUUCAAGUUUUGCAAACUACCCUGUGCUAAAAUACUUUCUGUGUAUGGGCAUCAGGGCUGGAAGUGCUCUCCACCUAUUAUAGAGGCUGACUACUUUUCUAGAUUGU